GUCACUCUUGGUAGACUACCCGACCGGCACCUCCUCAUCCCCAGAUCCACUCUCGGUCCGACCGUCCGACAGUCCAGACAGUCCGACCAGCAUCUCCUUCUCCCCAGCUUCAGUCUCCUCUCGGGUCCGAGCCCGGGGAAGAAAGAAGCGCUCAUCCAGCAGAGCAGAACUAGCCGAAGUCCACUUGGACACUUGCAGUAAAGGUUUCUGAUUCCCAGGUUCCAAUGGCUGACCAGGUGCAACGCGACCUUACCAAUCUUGAGGAAACUCUCCUUCCAACCGACGAAAUGAUGGAACCCUCUGAAGACUCAUUUGAGACGAUGAUGGAGCGUAAGAAUCCAUCAUCAAAACAAAUGGAGUCCUCUGAGGGCUCAUCUAACACCGCUGAGGGGAAGGAGAGCAGUGGAGCGCGGGAGACGGAGGGGCCGGCUGAGGGCCCAGCGGAGGAAAGCAAGGAGCAUCCCAGUGGCUCCCGCCAGGAAGUAGAAGAGCUGCCUACUGAUCUACUCCAAGACAUGGAGGAGCCAUCCAGUGGCCCGCAUAGGGAAAUAGAGGAUCCACCCAAUGACCUACUCCAAGACAUGGAGGAGUCAUGCUAUGGUUCUGACCAGGCAACGGAGGAUCCACUCCCUGAAUCAUCUGAUGAAACGGAAGAAACAUCAGUUAUCCCGGCAAGCUCUGAGGAAUACGAAGAUGAUGAUGAUGACGACACUAACCUGGCAUCUGAAGGGUCGAGUUUUGAAGAUGACACCACCGAGAGUGACGAGUCUGGUGACGACGUCAGGGACACCAUCAGGUCCAUCAUCUCGCUGUACUUCCGGAUGCAAGACAUGCAUGAGCAACAAAGAGUGGCAGAAGAGAUCUUGGUGGAGGGGAUCAAUGCUGGCCGACUGCCCUGCCCAAGACCCUUCACUGGGGACCGCAGAGAGUUCUACGAGUUCAUUGUGCUCUGCCAAAUGAUCUUGCAAAACUACCCAACCAGGUUCUACAACGACCGCCUGAGAGUUCAGUAUGUCAUCCACCACUUCACUGGCUUAGCCUUGGAAUGGGCCCAAUCUCUGAUCCAGCAAAACAGCCCUGUGCUAGAGAAUUUCACAGCCUUCCUAGAGGCUAUGUCCGAGGUGUUUGAGUACAAGAGCACACUGCGUGUGGCAGAAGAGGCCAUGUUCUACAUCAGGCAGGGAAACCGCACCGCCACCGAAUACAUCACUGAGUUCCAGAGCCUGAUUCCUACCUUGGGCUGGCCAGAUGAAGUCCUGCAGGCCCACCUGUGCCAGGGGCUCAGUGAGGACAUCAGGCACUGUCUGUUCCGGAUCCCUCAGCCGAACUCCCUGGACAAUCUGAUCGUGCUCAUCCUGCAAAUAGAAGACAGGCUGGAAGAGAGAAGGGCGAUGCUCAGGCUGCCCCCAGAGGCCCGCCCACGUACCAUGUCCUGGAUUGACUCACCUGCUCCGGAGAGGUGGACAGUGAGCAGCUGGCUGCCCUAUUCAUUCCAUCCGGGCAUCAAUCGCGCCCAUCUCUUCGUGCUGCUCCUGGUGAGGGUGAACCCCUACCACAGCGUCGCCGUCCAAGCUCUGGUCGACUCAGGAUCGGUAGGCAACUUCAUGGAUGAGAAGUUUGCCCAAGAGCACUACGUCGAGCUCUAUGAGAAGCCCUACCCAGAUGUGAUCCAAACCAUGGAUGGCUCGCUGGUGGGCGAGCAACCUGUCUGGCUCUACACCGAACGCCUGGUGUGUAUGCAGCAGAAUCACCAGGAGUCCAUCGAAUUUGACAUCAUACCUUCACCGAACUUCGCCAUUGUCUUGGGCAUCACCUGGCUCCGACUCCACGCUCCUGACGUCGACUGGGUCAAAGGCCGCCUGACCUUCCACUCUCCCUACUGCCUGAAGCACUGCUUCCGCCCAGCCCCACCAUGCAUCGCCCUGGAACACUACAGCAUAAGCCUGCUGCCCGGAUUGCCGCACCCAUACUCAGACCUGGCCGACGUGUUUAACCCGAAGGAAGCAGAUGAUGAGACUUCCGACCAGCCAAGCUCAGACGGAUCCGAUGAUCUUUCUGAAUCAGAGCCCUCUGAGCUUCAGCAGGCUGGAGACAGUGAUCACAGCGAGAUCUUUUACGAGUAUCCCUCCAACUUUCCCUGGAUGCCUAUGGGUGGCAGGAUGCAAGAAGAAGCCAGGCUGCAGGAAGAAUACUGGGAGCUGUAUGACAUGCUGACCGACACACAGGACUACGUACAGAUCAUUCCAGAACUGUUUGACCAGUUACAUGGAGCUACAUGGUUCACGAGACUAGAGCUGCGUGGGACCAUCGUGGAAGAAGGAAUGUUCGAGAGCCGGACAGAAGACACAUGGAAAGCAGCGUUCGGUUUGCAGCCACAGGACAUGAAGAGCUACGAACCCUUCGAACUAUCCUCAGACCCUAUCAUCCCCCAGAACGUGAUUCACUUUAUCCUGAAGGACAUGCUAGGCGUCUUCGUGCUCUCCUAUGGGCAGGAAGUACUGAUCUACUCCAUGAGCCAGGAGGAGCACGUCCAGCACGUUCGCCAGGUGCUGGUCCGCUUCCGGUACCACCGGGUCUACUGCUCCCUAAGCAACAGCCAGUUCCACCGACAUAGCGGCGAGUUCCUGGGCUUUCACCUGUCCCCCAAAGGGGUAAAGAUCAACAAGGGCGUCUUAGACGUGAUCUUGGGCUACGGCACCCCAUGCUGCAGGAGGGAGCUCCAGAGCAUGAUUGAGUUCAUGUUCCCCUACCGACACUGGGUGGAGCGCUUUGCCGUCAUUGCAGAGCCCCUGGUGCGGCUGGUGCUGAGCUUCGACCCCUUCUACUGGGGAGAGGAGGAGCAGGAGGCCUUCGAUUGCCUGCAGCGGGCUUUCCGCAGGGCACCCCUUCUCUACCACCCGAAGCCCCAGAACCCGUUCUACCUGGAGACGGGCAUCACCAACUCUGCCCUGCACACCUGCCUGAUUCAAGUUGAUGAGCACACUGGCAGAAGAGUCACCUGCGCUUUCUACUCCCGAAACCUCUCUCCUAUCGAGGUUGAAUACCCCCUAGUGGAGCUGAAGAUCCUUCCAGUCCGGGCUUCCUUCAUGGUGUGGUGCCGCUACCUGGAGAACACCGAGGAGCCCAUCAUGAUCCUUCUCAACACAGAGGAUCUAGCCUCUCUGAAUAAUGACAGGCUCACCGUACUUCUCCCCGGGCAUUGGGUCUUUUUCUUCUCUCACUUCAACUUUGACAUCAUGGAGCUGUCCGAACUGGAUGGCAGCUGGCCCCCGACGUUCAUGAGCUGCUACAACCAGAGAGCCUUCAGAAACAGAGUUGCGCGUCCCAUCCUGUUCUUAGCCACAAGGGGUUGCCCCCGGGAUGAGACAAGCGACUCUGAAUCUGAGAGUGACAACUUCUCAGAGCAGGGUGAGCUGAACGAAUUGAGCCUACAGCAGGAGCUUCUGGCCCUCAUCCCCGUUGGUCGCAUCCUCCACAGCUUCCUGACACACUUCAGCGUGGCCCAGAUCCGGUCUGUCCUUCUGCACUUCUUCAGAGGCGUCCUGCACUGGAGGAGCCUCCUAGCACCCGCAUCCCUGCUGGUGAUACUGGAGGCCAGAGAGGGGCCCACGCUGCUGCCGGUCCCUGUCACACAGAUGGCACGGCCUCCGCCGCGGCGCUUGCUGUGCCUCAUCGUGGACUCCACGGUCACCGUGUGCAACAGCAUGGCCAUGGCCAUAACCCAGAUGUUCAGCCAGUUGCCGCCUUUCAUUGGUGCCAACCCCAUGCCCGCUCACGAGCUGGCUGACCUCUUCCUGAGCCCCCACCGCUGGCAGAGAAAUGCCCUGGCCCCUCUGCCUCCCCCAGGCCUGCGGUUCACCCCCGGCUUCUGGCUGAUGCUGUGUGAGUUCUUCAGGGUCCGGACCACUCGCACGCUGCCUGGACACCUUGCCCUGCCACCCAACCGGUACAUGGAGCUGCACGUCGUUGGCGAUGAGGAUGUCGUCUUGCGAGAAGCCCUGCAAGACGACCUGCAACGUUACCGUCAGUGUGGCCUGCAUGACGGCCUGCAAGACACCUCGCAGGACGCGCAGGACAACGACGUGCAGGAGAUGCCAUCCCCUGAUGAGGCUGCUGCUGCUGAGGCCCAGCUCCGCCCACGCAACCUGAUGGACCCAGAGAUCCUUGACAUCCUCAACAGCCACCUGCUCUACGUGCCUGGCCCCGACGGCCGGCCCAGCCUGCUCAGCAGGGAGCAGGUGGCCCAGGCCUUAACCCAGUUCCUCACCACUGUCUGCACGCGGGUGGCACAUGCCCCCGCCCCUGCUGAGGACCAGUCCCGGGGAGAAGCGAGCCUGGAAGAGCUCCCAGACCUCGAAGAUGCCGACUAAGACACCUCCUCUCCAGCCCGGAGGCGUCUCCACCCUUAUCUGACCCAGCUUGCCAAUGUCUCUGCCAGCUCCCUGUGCUUCAACCAGCUUUGCACAGACCCGGUGCCCUCUCCUGCCACUCCUGACCCAAGGGGAAGCCACUUGUGAAGGGCCUAACUUCAAUUCAUCAACCAGCAACAUCUUCUGUGCUAAAGGACUAUCCAACGCUCAGAGACCUGGCGCUCAGAGCUAUGUGAGGGCUACAACACAACCCCGUCUUAAUCCUCCAGGUCCCAGGCCCAAGCCUGACAGAGAAUCAGAGAAAGGAGAGUGCAGAGAUGAGCAGGGGUGGCCCCAUGACCCACGGCCAGAUGCAGUAGCAGCGACACAGCAGGUGCAGCCAAGCAAGCAGAUGCUGGGCCCCCCGCCACCCCAGUGCAUCCUGGGACACUGACCUCGGGUGCUCCAUGGACUCCGUCUACCUCCACCUCGGUGCUCCUGCUCCCCUGGGCCCCUACCCACCCACCCCCACCCAGCCUCCCGAGGUCCUAGGCGAGGUGCCACCCACCGCCCAUCCCACCCCGAAAGCAAGCCCGCCCCCACGGUCUGGUUCGGCUCCCGUCACAUGGACUUCAUCUGACCCUGAGCUCUGGUCUUACCUGACUGCCACUUCAGAGCGUCCGACGUGCCAAUGCUACUUACCUGCUGGACUUGCCCAGCUGGAUGCCCCAGAGACCUGGGGAUGCUCCAGUGGGCGGCUGAACUGAGCAGACUCCCCUGCCCUCCCACCAUGGACACUGGACACUGGACACUGUGGGGCCUCAAGGCCCCAUGGAGGGAGGGGACCCUCAAGAGACUGCACAGGCACCAGACGCCCUGCCUCCUGUGCCAGGGAGCCAAGGGUGCUCCGACCAGACCCCCGCUUUUUGCCAAAGUAAAAGGAGACUUUCCUUUGCUCUUUCCUAUCCCACCUUUUCUUAACCCCAAAGUAAAGCAAAACAAAAGAU